AUGGAGGAGAGAUGUGAUGCUGCUGCUGCAUCUAUUCUAGAAGCCUUUGAACCUCCAAAAUACCAGAGUUUGCUGGAGGACUAUUACCUCUCUGUUUAUCCCUUGCACCCGGAAAUAUCCAACACUCUACGGGUUCCAACCCGUGUCGAUGCGGUUCUUGCCGCUGUAAUAUCCACCGAAAAGAAGCGACAACGAAUCAAGCACCCUAAAACCUUCGAGUGUUUCAAACCACUUUACUUGGACUAUGAUCAGGAUGUUACCAUGCCUUACCUUCCAUGGGGAUCGGCCGAUGUCAAAUGUAGCGCCGACAAUAUACUAUGGUAUGGUAAUCGAGAGGAUCUACAGACCAACUUGAUUAUUUCUCGAAAGAAAGGUGCCAAUGCAGAUGAUGAUUGGAAACCACCUGCAGCUCUAUCUUUCGUUCACUACGCUAGGAAACGGUCUGGCAAGAACGUUAAAAUCUAUGCUAUUGUCACUGAUAGCUACCGAUGGGAAUUCAUGCGUCUCAGCAAAUAUGGCGUGUUUUCCAAGUUGACAUUAUAUUGGACACUCGAGCAGCAGGAUGAAAUCAUAUGCCAGGUUCGCAAGAUUUUGCAUCCUAGCUUGCCGAUCCUCACCCAAAGAGCAAAUAUGAACCCUGCUUAG